AUGAAUCUUCUUUGCGAGCAGACCUUCCUGACUUUACAUUCGAAUUCAUCCAAGGGACUGUUCUGCAUACCGAGGGUACGUCCAGUGCAGUACAGAUUCCCCAAUGAACUGCUUCCAUGGAGCAAAUUAAGAUCGAAUGCGCAGGAAACUGGUCCCUCUUCACAACUACAGACCGAAGACGAAAUCCUCCGGCUCAUAGACACCGAGGGCCCCUUUGACGGCGUGAUCGGCUACUCUGGCGGCGCUGCGCUGGCGGCACAGCUCAUCAUUCGGGACAUCCGGGAGAAUCCAUGGAAGCUGUCCCACGAGAGGGUAUUCCGGUGGGCGGUGUUCAUCAACGGCGGGACGCCGCUCGACGUGUUUCGCCUGUCAGACGUCGAGGCGAAGGAGGGCGUGAUUGAAGCGGCUGAGUCUGAACCAGUCAAAGAGGCGGCUGCCAUCUUCCUUCGGCCGUCGAAUGUGCGCGUGCGGCAGGAAACAGAUAAACAACACCCAGACUAUGACCCCACGCAGAUCAAGAAGGAUCUGAAGGCGCUGCAGACGCGGCAGCUGGUCGAUGGGCGGCUGUUCAUGACGAAUGGAGUGAUGGUAAUCACACGAUACAAUGCGGCGAUCCAAGGCAGGCUGAUUGACAUUUCCACGCUGCACGUCCGCAGCCCGACGGUCAAGAACAGACACUGGGGAUUGGAGCUGAUGGAGCUGUGCGAGCAGUCUCUUGUCAGAGAGUUCUUCCACCAGUACGACCAUGACUUUCCGCGAGGCCGGACCGAGAAUGAAGAAGAUUGCAGAGUUGAUCCGUGA